AUGGGCCAACAAGCGCAAGAGAAGCGGAAGAUGUUUAAGGAAUUUGCAGGUCAGAAAGCAGAGAAGAGAAUUGCUCUGGGUCCUGCUGAGGACCGCAAGGAUAUAAUGACUUAUAUCUUGCGGCAUAACGAGCCCGAAAAGGGCAUGACCCAUUCGGAGAUUGUGCAGAAUGGAAGGCUUCUGAUCGCUGCUGGGAGUGAGACGACUGCUAGUGCCCUGUCUGGUUUAACUUUCUACCUUACCCGGACUCCGCACGCGUACUCUAGGUUGACGAAGGAAAUCCGCUCAGCAUUCAGGUCAGAGGAUGAGAUUGGUAUAAGGUCGACAGCCCGCCUGCACUAUCUUAAUGCUUGCCUUGAGGAAGGACUGAGGGUUUACCCGCCUGUCGCCGAGACUCCUCCGAGGAUCUCGCCUGGUGAUACAAUUGCUGGACAUUAUAUUCCAGCUGGUACUAUCAUCUCAGUUUACCAGUGGGCAGCGUACCAUUCCGAAGAGAACUUCUGCGAACCAGACUCCUUCAACCCGGAGCGCUGGUUGCCACAGGACCACCCUUAUUAUGACGACAGGUUCAGUACUGACAAUAAGGCCGCAUUUAAGCCCUUUUCGACUGGCUCAAGGGACUGUAUAGGGAAGAAUCUAGCCUAUGCGGAGAUGAGGCUGAUUAUGUCUCGACUGCUACUGAACUUUGAUUUGGAAUUAGUAAAGGGGUACGAGCAUUGGGAUGAGACGCAGCGGAUCUACUUCAUAUGGGAGAAAGGCCCGCUUAUGAUAAAGCUGACUCCAGUUCGGAAGGACGCAGCAUUUCGGAACUAA